UGCACAUGUAAUGAAGUGUUAAGUGGUACUGAUUGCAAUUUUUCAAUAGGGAGCGUAGCACCGAUGACCACCUUACCUAAACGACGCGUCAGGAUAGCGUGCUGCCAAUUCUCGGCCGCUCUGGGUGCGUAUGAGCGGAAUGUGUCGCGAGCCGAGACACUGAUGCAAAAUUUACAUCCGGAAGAUGUGGAUAUGCUUCUCUUACCAGAAAUGGCUUUCACCGGGUAUUCUUUCACUGAGGCUUCGCAGGUGCACGCGUUAGCCGAGGACAAGAACAGCGGACGUACUGUACAAUGGGCUAAACAGCAGGCUGUGCGUUUGAAUGCAUAUGUCAUAGUCGGGUAUCCCAGGGUUGAAGUAUCUGCAGAUGGUGAUUCAACGUACUAUAACAGUAUGUGUGUGAUAAAUACCGCGGGAGUGCUGAUAGAAACAUAUGACAAGACGCAUCUCUACGAGACCGACGAGAAAUGGGCUACAGAAGGGGUUGGAUUCCAAUAUAUUGACACAGUGGAAUUUGGACGGGUGGGUCUGGCGAUUUGCAUGGAUAUCAAUCCGUAUCGGUUCACAGCACCGUUCGAAGACUACGAACUGGCGAACUACAUGCGGACCAAACAAGUCAAUCUGAUUGUCUUAAUCGCCAAUUGGCUAGAUAGCGAGCCCGAGUCCGAUGAUUCGCGGGGCGUUCCGAACUAUUGGGUACAUCGGUUAAAGCCGGUGCUCUACACCGACACUGUGUUUAUCGUCUGUAAUCGUUCGGGCCGGGAGGAAACCAAUGCCAUCUACACGGGGUGCAGUGCGUGUAUAUCCCUGAAAGAGCCUAUGUUGUUGGGCCAAUUGAAUAAGAGACAAGAGAAUAUACUUCUUGUAGAGCUCAGCGUCCCCGAUCGCAUGCCGAGUAGCAACGCAAAAGGAACUGCUCGAACACUGGUGGCAACCGCUGCAACUUGAUAUUCCAACCCUGUACCUUGUAUCUGCACGAGGUGUGCUUGUCAAACUGACCCCCCAUGCUUGCAUUUUCGCAUGUUUCGCAUGUAUCUCGAACUUCUUGAUGAAAUACCGACACCAAGAAAGCCUGAGUAUUGCGGCUAAAGUUCCAGGAUAAGGUUAUGGAUUAAGUGAUAUAGUUUUCCAGUGCCAUGCGUUGUAAGUGGUGACUGAUGUUACUGUAUCCUCACAUGCGAGAUUACCAUGAUUGUUGUUGGCAAACUCUUAGAUGAAUACGGGAUACACAUCAGCAUAGUAAUCUUCAUAUUCAUUAGCAAACCGAUAGUCAAUGUAUGACCCUAUAGCAGUCACCCGAAAUCUUCGAUAUCAUUGAUCUAGCUUAUGUAGUAUGUUCAGUGUAGUAUGAUUUAACAGGUGGCCUCGGUUCUUCGCUCCGUCGCGGGUCAAGGGUUGCAAUUUGAAACACUCAUGCAUUCCCGAGUACAUACAAAUCAUAUUGGGUUUACCUCAGACCCAAUUGCCCAGCAAAUACAUGCCGAAGUCAAAAAAUAAUCGGUUGUUGGUUCAACGGAACGAAGUCGCUGCUUAGUCUAGAUAAAGCAAUAUCCUUGCUAGAUCACCCGAGCGGCUUCUAUUAUAUAACCAGCGAGGUGCUGGCAGCAACGUCACCACCAUAAAAGCGAAAGGAGCGUCCUUUUCAUAUCGGUGCAAAUAAAUCCAGAUUGUCAGA